GGCUUGCCUUUAACAACCAUCGACUACAGACGACCGCUUCAUAUAGGUGCACGACGUCUAUGGAAAGCCGUAUCCGUGACAACACCAAUUAGUCGCUAUGCAAAUCCUUUCGCCUUCGCCCCUCAACAUCACACUAUGCUCCGGGUGUAAAAGGACAUUCAGUAGUCGCGUAGGCACUUCUGAGCUCCUCGCGCAUGCUCGAGCGUCCGCUGCUCCCCCUUCCUCCUUCGAACAAGCUGCGCUCUCCGCAGAUUUACCCCGAGUAUGCGACGCUCUUGACGUGUGCAAUCGCGAAAUCGACGAACUGGAGUCGGCGCUCAAUAAACUGCGCCAUCGCCGAGACCAGCUAGAGUCGACGAAGUUUGGCAUAAACUCUCUACUCUCGCCUCUCCGCAAGGUUCCGCCGGAGAUACUUGCCGAAAUCGCUGCGUACACGCUGCCAGCGCAGUGGUUCAACGACCAGAUCGGAAAGCACGUGUGGCGCUUCACGCAGAUCUGCCGAACCUGGAGGGAGGUCGCUAUUGGGAUGCAUUGGCCCUGGGCGCAUUUCAGCGUGUCCAAGUCGGCAUUCGAUCAACCGAGUCCGGCCAUGAUAUCUGCGGUCACGACGUAUCUGGAGCGCUCAGGAUCUCUGCCCCUCACAGUCAUGGGUAUCCAUACCAGGUGGGACGAGGGUACGCAGGAUGCCCUUUGGACCCACAUUGGGCGCAUCCAGACCUAUGAAGCCAUGUGCGCGUACGAUGAGGAUGACGGUGGUCUUGAUGGUCGUUGCUUCCCGGCGCUGCGGAAACUCCUCAUACGGAACGGUUCAUGCUGCAGCGUCGAAGCUCCAAAUCUUCGGGUGGCAGAGCUCUUUGAGACACAUGCGGAGUCCAUAUAUCUGCCCUGGGAAAAUCUUCGCGCUCUUCAGAUCUAUGGAGACUUGACUAUGUACCCCUCAUCUGUCCAGGUUCUGCAUAAAUGUCCAAAUCUCGAGGUAUUCAGCCUACUCGACGUAUUGGACUGUCAGCUCCACCCCUCUUCGUCAACGCUCAUCCCCUUGCACUGCUUACACACGCUCGAAGUUGGCCUCAGGUUCAUCGACGCGCUCCCAUUCCUCUUCGCGCCCAAUAUUCGGCACUUUAUCCUCGACAUGGCCUUCGAUCCUGACGAACGGCCUGGAAACGUUUUUCCGGUAGCGUGUUCCAAGCUUCUCGAGCCCGUUACCUGCAUCACGCUGCGUAAUUUGGAGUCCUACAUGGAGUCGCUCCUGACCUCCGUUGUAUCCAUGCCGAAGAGGCUUCGGAAGCUCUGCCUGGUCGAGGAUACGCGGGUAUGGGAUAGCACCAGACCCAUCGCCGUCCUACACGAAGACCUCGUAUCGACCCUGUGCAAGCCCUCGGCAUAUCCCUUCCUCACGGAGAUCGAGGUCGCCAACGGCGAAAAAGCAGUCGAAUGGACGUCUACAGAUGUGGCACUCGUGCAGCGUCUCCUCGAGACUCGAGCGGCACCUCCUCCCGAUAUGGUCGCACCUCUCGAGCGGCUGAGCCUAUGGGCUCCGUAUGCGACGGAACUGCCGCCCGAACUGCUCGCCGGAAAGUUCACAAAUCUCCGAACGCGGUCGGGUGCUCCUAUAUUGCACCUAAACGUCGACUCGCCGCGAGUGCCUGUCGAGCCAUUCGAGAUUGCGUCGGCCCUCUCAUAGGAUGAGAUACGUAUAUUUGAUCAUACUGCGGAGGGAUUCAUCGUGCACUUCCGCUCAAGACACGUGUAUCCUAUAUUCAGAUGCACGUCGAGGGUAUAUUCACGGUCAAUCGAAGUACAGUAGUUUCCGUGCGCCCAUCGCCUUGUCGUGUCCAUUUUCGUGUCGAUGUCCGGUCCUUCGUGUAUAUACUGGACCAUCCCCACAAUGACCAUCCCACAAGAAU